AUGCCAGAGUUAAACACGCUGAAAACAUUGCCGCAGCGGCUCCCGCCCCUUGGCCCACGACUGACCGGAACCACCCACCGGACAGAGGUGGUGAUUCGACGAUACCGGGGUGGGGCUUUAAAUGUAUUUAAAUUUCGGCCAAAGUCUACAAUUAAGAAGAAGGUUAUUCAAGAAUAUUUCUUCUUAUGGAUGCACAAAUCGGUAGACCUGGUACGCUUCGAGUCGUUCAUCCGGGUUCCGGAAAUAUUUUUCGACAUGAUCGGCGUCGCACGGUACGGCGAACCCAGGGGAACGUGGCGAGCACGGUUGAAGCAGCUACUUUUCUGGAGCUCGUACGCCAACACCGCCUUUUGUCUGGUGAUCGAACACAUCUUCUUCAUUCAGGCCGCCGACAGCUCGGCCAACUUUUUGCAACUGACCGCUCUGGCUCCGUGCAUUGGCUUCACUGCGCUUUCGUUCGUGAAGAUCAUGACGAUAAAGGCGAACGAAGCCAAGCUGACCGGAAUGUUGCACCGGCUGGAUGAGAUGUUCCCGAAAUCGCCCAUCCUUCAGGAGCGCUACGGUGUUUAUCAGUACAACCGCGAGUCGCAGGUCGUGAUGAAAUCCUUCAGCGUACUGUACAUGACCUUGAUCUGGAUGUUCAAUCUGCUGCCACUGGCAUCGAUGGUCAACCGCUACUACACCGAGGGCACGUGGCUCAAGGAGUUGCCGUACUUCAUGUGGUACUGGUACGAUUGGCACCAGCCGGGCCUGUUCGAGGUGACCUUUUUGCACCAGAAUUGGGGCGGAUUCGAUUCGGCCGUAUUCAACCUGUCCACCGAUCUGUUGUUUUGUGCCAUCAUCCUUCUGCUGUGUCUGCAGUUCGAUAUCGUUGCCUACCGAUUGCGUCACAUGCUUCCGAACGAUCACGAGGAACUAAUCGAAUCGAUUCGCAUCCAUCAGAGCGUCAUCGAGCUGAGCAAUGAAUUGGAACGCAUCUUCUCACCGUCGCUACUGGUGAACUUUCUGGGCAGUUCGGUCAUCAUCUGUCUGGUAGGAUUUCAGGCCACCGCCGGACUUACACCGAUCGAUCUGUUCAAGUUUGUACUGUUCCUCGUGUCCUCGCUGGUGCAGGUGUUUCUGCUGUGUUACUAUGGGAACAAGCUGAUCGAAGCGAGCGCCCAGAUCCCGUACAGUGCCUUCGAGGGGCACUGGAUCGAUGCUUCGGUUUCGCACCAAAAAUCGUUAAUGCUCGUCAUGCUACGCUCGAUCAAGCCGCAGAAGCUGACCGCGUUGAAAUUUUCCAUUGUUUCACUAGCCAGCUACUCGAAGAUUUUAAGCACAUCGUUCUCCUACUUCACGCUUCUGAAAGCGAUCUAUGAGCCAACUAAUGUUUCAAGUCAGAAAUAG